AUGUUAAAACGAGCAAUCAAUUCAGUGAAGCAUACUAAUCUCACUGCAAAGCAGCAGAGCAAAAUCCAAAAAAUUGUUCGUGUUGAUCAGGCAGGCGAGCUUGGAGCCGACUAUAUAUAUGCUGGCCAACAUCUGGUUUUCUCAAAUACAAAGCCAGCUCUGGCGCCAUUGAUUAAACACAUGUGGGAACAAGAAAUCCAUCAUCACAACACAUUUGACUCCAUCCAGACCGAAGGAAGAGUACGACCGUCACUACUAACGCCGGUAUGGAAAGCGGCAGCCUUUGGUUUGGGGGUCGGAACAGCUGCUCUUGGCAAAGAGGCCGCAAUGGCAUGUACUGAGGCAGUCGAGACGGUAAUUGGCGGCCAUUACAACACACAACUACGAUGGCUUCACAAGGAGUUUGCUGAUUCGGACAUAGAAGGCAUCACCGAACUGAAAGAAAUCAUCAAGAACUUCCGGGACGACGAACUAGAACAUCUCGACACCGCAGUUGUCGAGGGUGCCAAACAGGCUGUGCCCUAUUAUCUCCUGACAGAAACAAUCAAAACAGGAUGUCGAGUUGCCAUUUGGAUAGCAGAGCGUGUAUAA